AUGUCUUUCGACCCCCACAACGUCGACCUCGACGAUGUCGACCCAAGAGAAAUAACCUGCUACCUCAACGCCGAAGGAAACGAAUACGACGGCCGCCUCGGCGCCCGCGUAUCCGCCAUAUUCGUGAUUCUAAUCGUAUCAAGCGCCGCGACAUUCUUCCCCGUCGUCGCAAAGCGCGUGCCCCGCCUCCGCAUUCCUCUCUAUGUCUACCUAUUUGCCAAGUACUUCGGUGCAGGCGUCAUCGUCGCAACGGCCUUCAUCCACCUCCUCGACCCAGCCUACGAUGAAAUCGGCCCCGCCAGCUGCGUCGGCAUGACAGGGAACUGGGCCUUGUACUCCUGGUGUCCCGCCAUCGUACUCACCUCCCUGAUGAUAAUCUUCCUCAUGGACUUCGGUGCCGAGCGCUGGGUCGAAAAGAAAUACGGUCUUUGCCGCGACGACCCCGAGCCUAUUCUCGCACAAGGUGUCGCCGUUCACAACGACCAUGUCCACGUUAAUCCGAACGGACUCUCGCAAGACGCAACAGGUCUAGACAAGGACGGCGGCCGAACCGACGACGCAAAGAUCAUGCGUGAAUUGGAAGACCAGUCCGACGACGACUCCUUCAUCGAGCGCUCCUUCCGCCAACAAAUAGCCGCCUUCCUGAUUCUCGAAUUCGGCGUCAUCUUCCACUCCGUCAUUAUCGGUUUGAACCUCGGGGUCUCAGGCGACGAGUUCGCCUCACUUUACCCUGUUCUUGUCUUCCACCAGUCCUUCGAGGGCCUGGGUAUCGGCGCCAGAAUGUCGUCUAUCCCCUUUAAGAAGGGCAGUGCGUUGCCCUGGCUGCUUUGUACCGCGUAUGGCCUUACAACCCCCAUCUCCAUCGCUAUUGGGCUGGGUGUGCGCAAUACCUACAACCCCGGCUCGUACACUGCGAACGUCGUUUCUGGCGUUCUUGAUGCCAUUUCCGCGGGUAUUUUGAUUUAUACCGGUUUGGUUGAGUUGCUGGCCCGCGACUUCUUGUUUGAUCCCCACCGUACCCGUGAUGAUAAGCGGUUGACUUUUAUGAUUUUCUCGCUGCUGCUGGGUGCGGGCAUUAUGGCUUUGCUGGGCAAGUGGGCAUAG